UCAUUAAUAUUUAAUAAAACUUUAUUCUCUCUCUCUUUUCCAGCAGGCUUCCUAAAAUUGUCAGCAAUGGAGGAAGAAGUAAGCCAAAUGCAACCCCUGAAUGAGAAGCAGGUGCCAAACUCAGAAGGUGGCUAUGUAUGGCAGGUCACUGAUAUGAAUAGACUGCACCGUUUUUUGUGUUUUGGUUCAGAAGGUGGCACUUACUAUAUCGGGGAGAAGAAACUGGCCUUUGAAAAUGCAGAAGCUUUAAUAAGAUUGAUUGAAGAUGGCAAAGGCUGUGAUGUGGUACAGGAAAUAAAGACGUUCAGCGUAGAAGGGAGGACAGCAAAACAGGAACCAUUGCUUUUUGCUCUAGCAGUUUGUUCACAGUGCUCUGACGCAAAAACUAAACAAGCAGCGUUUAAGGCUGUUUCUGAAGUGUGCCGCAUACCAACCCAUCUCUUUACUCUCGUCCAGUUUAAAAAGGAUCUGAAGGAGGGGAUGAAAUGUGGCAUGUGGGGCCGUGCCCUGAGAAAAGCUGUUGCAGACUGGUAUAACGGGAAGAAUGGCAUGGCUCUUGCUCUAGCAGUUACAAAAUAUAAACAAAGGAAUGGCUGGUCUCAUAAAGACCUUCUGAGGUUGUCCCAUCUAAAACCCUCGAAUGAAGGAAUUGCUGUAGUCACUAAAUAUAUCACCAAGGGAUGGAAGGAAGUUCAAGAGGCAUAUAAAGAGAAGGCACUUUCUGCUGAGACUGAAAAACUCUUAAAAUAUCUGGAAGCAGUGGAAAGAGUAAAACACACAAAAGAUGAAUUGGAGGUUAUUCAUUUGAUUGAAGAGUAUAGUUUAGUUAGGGAGCAUCUCCCAACAAACCAUUUGAAAUCUAAAGAGGUAUGGAAAGCAUUGCUACAGGAAAUGCCCCUUACUGCAAUGUUGAGGAAUUUGGGAAAGAUGAUAGCAAAUUCAGUACUAGAACCAGGAAGCCCAGAAGUGUCACUAGUAUGUGAAAGACUGAAAAAUGAGAAAAUGCUAAAAAAGGCUCGAAUACAUCCAUUCCAUGUUUUGGUUGCAUUAGAGACCUAUAAAGGAGAACGUGGAUUCCGGGGCAAGCUUCAGUGGCAUCCUGAUAAGGAUAUUUUAGAGGCUCUUGAUGCUUCAUUUUACAAAACAUUCAAGAUGGUAGAACCAACAGGAAAGCGCUUCAUACUUGCAGUUGAUGUCAGUGGUUCCAUGUCACAGAAAAUUCUUGGUAGUGUGAUAGAUGCUAGUACAGCUGCUGCAGCAAUGUGUAUGGUUGUUGCACGUACUGAGAGAGAUUCCCAUAUUGUUGCUUUUUCCGGUGAAAUGGUCCCCUGUCCAGUGACAGUAGACAUGACAUUACCUCAAGUAUUAGAGGCAAUGUCUACAAUUGAAAUGGGUGCCACUGAUUGUGCUCUCCCAAUGAUAUGGGCUGAAAAGACUAACACAGCUGCUGAUAUCUUUAUUGUUUAUACUGAUAAUGAGACGUACUUUGGAGAUAUUCACCCUGCAGUUGCUUUGAGGAAAUACAGAGAGAAGAUGAGCAUUCCAGCAAAACUGAUCGUUUGUGGAAUGGCAUCAAAUGGUUUUACCAUCGCAGAUCCAGAUGAUAGAGGCAUGUUGGACAUAUGUGGCUUUGACGCAGGAGCUCUUGAAGUUAUUCGAAACUUCACUUUAGAUUUGAUAUAAUUCCUGGAUACCUAUUACCAGUGGGUCCAUUGCUGGCAAUAGAUUUCACCCUGGGAACUACCAGCCAAAUGUACUGUACUAGAAGAUGGUACAUGAUUCACGUAUAAGAAUAAUGUUGCCUUCUAAAACAGAAAUCAAAAAAAGAAUCAUACAAGAAUUUUCUUUUUUUCUGUUGCAUACAGGUUAAAAAUAACUACACAAAUCCUGCUAAGACUAGCUACUGGGGUACAUAGUAUAUGAUUUAAUUACUUUAUAGUUUGCCAGUACUAACAUGUUUUUCUGUCCUUGCAGACUAUUUUUUUAGUUUUUUUUGUAAGAAUAAAUUGGUGAGAGACCACUGGUAUUGCUGGGUUCAAGGAGGAAGGAAAAGUAGCUUGUUUUGAUGGCUCUUGUAAAGGUGUUUGUUUAAUGAGGGGUUUUUCAUGUUUGUAUUUGAAAAGAUUAAGAUGCAACAUCUCUAUUCAAUUUUGCAAAGGAAAUAUUUUCAGAGCACAUUUGACCAUGUUACUGUGAUUGGGUACAAAAAUACUUGUCUAAUUUUAUAUGGACAAAGUAAAACUGACAAUUUUGAUUUAUCUUUUCUAAAUAGAUUGUGAUUUUGAUCUUCUAGAAUGAAAUCUGUAACUAUCUGGUAAAUUGAAAGGCAGUGCUAUGGAUUGCAAAGUUAAUUAACACUGUUGUAAAAUUGGUAUGCUUUGCAGGAAAUAGUACAAACCCUUUGUAGUAGAGAAAAGGUCCCUGAAGUUGUUUAGGUUGCUCAUCUGAUGUGAAUGUGCUGAAGUUUCGGCAGUUUCUCAGUGACGAAGAUGGACAGAGACCCUGGAAUUAGCAUUACCCUCAAGUGUGAUUGUAACAAUUGAAACGAACUUCACUGCGUGUUUUUCUUCCUCUUCCCUCCCGCCCCCCACAAAUGUGUUGAUGCUACAGAAAUAAUCAUCUUGAAUAGUGCUUUGCAAUAUUUAAAAGUGACCUUUUUUCUCUGAUAUUUACUGAUUAGAUUGACUCAGUCUAACUUUUUAAAACAGUUUUAGUUCUUAUAGUGACCGAUUCUGAGACUUCUGCAUUAUAUAGCUGCCUUGUUCACAAUUCCAAAGUCUGUCUUGUUUAGAAAUUUGAUUGCCAACUAGAUUUUUAAACUUUCUUGUGAUAAGAAACAUGUAAGGGAGAAAAUAACUGAGAAUGUCCCAACUCUGUCUUAGAGGAGGAAUGAAUAAUGUGUGCAUAAAUGUAAUGAAAUGUUUUUUUUUUGAUGUCACAUACUAAGAUACAUAGGGGAUUUGGUCAUAGUUUUACAUUUUCCCCUAAAUUGUAUGAUCAUAUCUCCCACUAAGGGUAAUUGUUUUAAAAGCUGAAUUUGUAUUUAAUCUGAAAAUGAUUGCAGUUUAUAAAAAUAAUUUAAUUAUAAUAAAUACUACAUCAAACUUCGUUGCUGUGCUACAAAACUUGCUCGUAAGUGUAAAACAUGUUGCAAUUUAAAUAGUAAAUUAAAUUCUUGUUGCUUAACUCAUUUUCAUAUGUUUAAAAUAUAAAGAAAUGAGGGUUAAAAAUAGUGUUUUGCAGGGUAAGCUAUCUUCCAUCUUCAGACAUUAUUUAACAUUUAUAGCUACAUGCCCCAUGCUUAGUGCUUCAGUUUGUGAGAUGUCACUGAAGACAUCAUACCACCUAUUAAUAUGCUUGGCACGGGAUAAAUCGGGGUGGUGAGGAAACCCACUGGCAUGAAUUUGUACAGGCCCGUUGCCUGAGCUGUUUUUCAAAUAAUGGUAUUUUGAAAAAUUGCCAGUUGAAACAGUGGCUUUCCAUCAAAGUGAAUGAGUUGUAGAUUAUCAAUUAGUAAUGCCAUAGGGAUGGGAUACAAUUUAUAGAAUGCAGGACCACUGCUCAUUAGGUUACAUGAACCCCCCCCC